AUGGCAGCACCUGGGCGGCGGUGGCUGGUGGAGCAGCUCGUGGCGGUGCGGGGCUUCCCCUCGCGCCGAACCCUGCACAAGUGGGCCCCAGCGCGGGACGUGCUGCUCUUCGAGCACGAGCCGGGCCGCUUUUUCGCGGUUCUGGGGCUCUUCUGCGCUGGCCAGGCCGUCUUCUGGCCUCCCUGGCCCGCGCAGCUUGGCCCGACACCGGGUCCCGGCGCAGCCUCUGGAUGCGAGAUCCCAGACCCCGGCCAUGUGGACGUGUGCUCCGCGCUCUGCCUGGCCAUGGGCGGCGGCGUAAUCAGUACCCUGGUCCUUGCCGCUGGCUUCUCCCUCCACUCUGGUUCGGUGAUACUGCAGGCUGGAGGGAAGCAGGUGACCCUUACCACUCACGCCCCCUUUGGCUUGGGUGCGCAAUUCACUGUUCCCUUGAAACAAGUGUCUCUAAAGGUCAAAGGCCGACGCUUCUACUUCCUCUUGGACAAAGCUGGAUAUUUUCCUAACACAAAACUUGACAACACUGUGGAUGCCUACCGUAGCUUGUGAAAAAACCACCUGGGGACACUCGCCCCUCCAGGAGGGUAAUGAAAACCUUUAGGUCCUGCCCAGUGUGGCUCGGUUGAAGCACUGUCCCAGUGCGUGGAAAGAUCUUGGGCACGCUGGUGGCUCAGAAGCAUCAACCUAUGAACCAGGAGGUCACAGUUGGAUUCCCCAUCAGGGCAUAUGUCCGAGUU